AUGGCCUGCAUGAAGGGCAUUUCUAUGGCUUUCAGGGCCUCUCAGAUGGUCCCAGCUGCAUCUCAUGCGGCUAGGCUGUUCCAUGGUUCAAGUGCACGAUGGGCUGUCACUAACUUCCAGAUGCCUGCCAUGUCUCCGACAAUGACUGAAGGUGGCAUCGCGUCUUGGAAGAAAAAGGAGGGGGAAUCUUUUGUUCAAGGUGACGUUCUGCUGGAAAUUGAGACAGAUAAAGCCACUAUAGAUGUCGAAGCACAGGAAGACGGUAUAAUGGGCAAAAUCUUGGCACCAGAUGGUACCAAGGGUGUGCCUGUUGGAAAAAUCAUUGCUCUUCUUGCGGAGGAAGGAGACGAUAUUUCGAAUCUUGAAUUGCCCAAAGAAGAGACAACACCAGCGCCAAAGGAAACGGGAAAUUCGGCAUCCAGUUCACCUCCGGCCUCGGAACCCGUGUUUACACCCUCAGAACCAAUCCACGCAACUGGAGCUCACUCAUAUGCCCUUCCCGAACACGCUCGUCCAUUGUUCCCAUCUGUUCACCGUCUUUUACUUGAACAUAAAGUUACCAAAGUGGAAGACAUUAAGGGCACUGGAGUGAGAGGUAUGCUCACCAAGGGGGAUGUGUUGACAUUCCUAGGCAAGGCUUCAGGCCCACUUGGAACCUUUAAACCAAGCAUCUCACCCAUUGAAGAGGCCAACCAGGCUAGAUCAAAGGCUCCAAGUCAGGCAGCAGCGGCAGCACCGGUUCCUCUCGAUGGUCCUUCUAUCCGACGACUCAUCGUCUCCUCUAUGCUACAAGCAUCCAUCAAAGCGAGGAACCCCGUUCCUUCUGCUAUCAAGGACGCGGACUUCGAUUCUGUUCUCGCAGAUUAUUUACCCCCCGUCUCCAAGUCGACAUUACAGACACCUGUUACCCCACCUGCACCAUCCAAGACUACCAACUACCUGGACGUGACAAUCACGGAGACAGGACUCACGAUUACUGUGGAAGAGGCUCGAACGGCAUUCAUCUUCUCAGAUGUUUUCGACGAAUAUACAUUCCACCCCGAACCUCCACCUCGACAUCGACUGUCUAACUCCAAGGGAAAGCGAACAGAAAGGUCCAAGCGUGAUACAAAGCAAGAAGUGGGACCUUCACAUCUUGGCCAAGUUGGUAUGUUGGACUCCGAGACUGAAUCCGAGUCGGACGAAGAUUGCAACAAACCUCAUGACCAACAAGAAUAUCAGCAAGAAGACGAGGAAGAACAAGACAUGGAGAAUGCAGCAUUUGAAAUUCCUUUGACUACGCUGAUAGAGUGCUUAAAUAUCUUUGGAACGGCGGGCCCGGCUACAGGGAAUAUAAAUACGUCGUCAGGGGCAAUAGAUGACGGGGAAAGAGGGUCCGGGGGAGGCAGAGGAGGCAGAGGCAGAGGCGGGAACAGAGUUGGUCAAGGCAGGGGAUGGCCAAACCCUAACGAAGACAACUCAGAUGGCGAGAAUAGUGAUCAUAGAGAUCGUCAAGGAGCUAACCUACCUAUGAGGGGAUUGGAUGCAUAUUUUGGCAAUGGUGGAUCAAACUCGAAGAGGACUAGCAUGCGUCUCUCUUAUCCUGGUGGAGGAUAUCCUCUUACGUUGAUCAUUGCCGAAGACGCAGCCGGGCCUACCACCACAUGUGAAAUCACUACUUUCGACCCAGAACCUCAACUCGAACUCGAAUUCGAUACCUCGAAAACAGUUCUUAGGAUCAUCCUAAAAUCCUCGUGGUUGCGCGAUGCCCUAUCUGAAUUGGAUCCUUCAUGCGAGAAACUGGCCUUUAUAGGAAACCCGCCUAUCUCUGCGAAUCAACAACAGUUACCAUUAGCUAGCGAUGCGAAUGCGCGACAGAAGCAAAAGCAAAGAUCUCCUGUUAUGAAGCCCAUGCUGCGUAUUCAAGCAACCGGCACAUUUGGAAGCACUGAGAUGGAUUAUCCGAAUGACCGGGAAGUACUCGAGACAUUCGAAUGUACAAGAAACGUAUCUUUCAGCUAUCGUUUUGGACAUAUUUCCCGCACUAUCAAAGCUCUUUCAAGUUCAACCAAAACGUCUUUGAGGAUAGAUGAAGAUGGACUUCUGAGCCUCCAAUUUCUGAUGCCUUCCCCAAAGCCUAGAAUAGCGGCAGGGCGCAGCGAUGCCUUCAUUGAAUUUAGGUGCUUGGCUUUGGAUGAUGAAAUAUAG